AUGUCAGCUUCGAAGCUGGAGAAGAAGAUUUGGACGCUUGAGCAGAAGCUACGGGAAGAGUUCAAUGCCGCACUUCACAACGAACUCGACAAAGUGUUUGCAAGAGUGGACCAGCUGGAAACCGAGAUGCAGCUCCUCAAAGGAGAGACGCCUUUGCAAAAAGCCAAUACAAGGCCGGACGGUGGCGUGGCCUGUGACUUCCCACAAGAUACUUGCCCGAGGCAAAUCUUGCAGCCCAGCGACAAGAAAAUUGUGCCAGUACAAGAUGCAGUCCAGGAGGCCUGGGAAGAGACACCUCGAAACGAGAGAGUGCGAGGCAUGAAGGACCUUGACGAGGUGUUGGAGCCGGUAGCCUUUCACGAAUCAACCUGGAAUGUGGUGCUGGUGCUGGGGUUCACAGAGGCUGGAUGUCUGGACACGCUCAUAAGCUGCUUGCUUCUGCUUGCCAGCGCUGCGCUGCAAGUCACCUUCAGUCUCAUCUUACUGUCAGAAGACUUUCUGGGGGAACCAUUCGUGAAGCAUCUAGGCCACGCAGAGAAGUGGAGACGCGGGCUGGCACAUGACUACAAACACAUGGACCUUUCGGAGACAAGCCUUGCUUCCCGCGUUUGCAAUAAGGAUGAGACCCUUAUUGUCUCCACCAACCAAGCGAAUCUGAUUGGACAAAUCAAUGCUUUUCUGAGCAUCAGGCCAGCCCAACAUGAGCCCACGGAGCUACGUCGAGGCAUCCUGCUGUGCAUGUUGUGCAUUUUUCUCUGGUGCCUCUACCUAUGUAAUGAAUUUCGAGCGAUUGGCCUGUCUUUUGAGGCGAUCUUGCAGGUGCCCAGGCAAGCACGCACCAGGUUGGAACAGGGGCGCUUGGCAAGUAUCUCCUAUACCCGCUGCUUCGUCUUCUGCUGUGCGCGGCUAGUGCGAGGCAUGAUCGCAGGGCUUUUGCUGUACGGCGGCAUCCUUUGGCUAGCGAACACAACAUCCAUCAAAGAUCUGGUGCUGAAUGCUGUUGCGCUCGGGGCGAUCCUGGAAGUGGACGAGAUGUUCUUUGCGGCCCUGAUGCCCAAAAAGAUUCAGAUCAAGAUUCAGGACCUUGAGGCGAUCAAGGUGGUCUAUUCUCGGAGGCGCAGCCAGUUGGAGGCUUUGCUCCUGCUGCUGAUCAUGUCAGGUUUACUACUGUGGCCUUGGUUCCAGCUUGUGGAACCUUUGGGUGAGAACAUGAAGCUGGUGAAGAAAAAGUUUUGCGAUGGCGAUCAGGAUUUUGUUGUGGGCAUUAAUGCGAACCAAGAAGUGACCAUUGGGCGACUGACGACGCCCUUCUCAAGCAGCAGAAAUGCCACUCUGAUCGAGAAGGCUGUUACGGACUAUGCCUUUUCGAGUGGGAGUACUUGGCAACGUAUUCUUUUUGAAUCCAAUAGGAAGUUUGAAAGGAAGCAAACCCAAACAAUGGAAGCAAUAGCUAAAACAGUCCUGACGUGCGAAGAUUUUGAUUCCUGGCUUGAUGGUAACCAGUCCUUGGAUUUAUUGGAAAUAUAUGGGCCCUACUGGUAUUCCACUGCGCAUAGUGUCGGCUUUCCUGACAACAGCACUUGCAAAGACAUGGGGGACUUGUGCGAGUUUGAGGGUUACCACCUUCUCCGCCUGGCUUGUGGCGUAACUUGUGGCUGCGAAAGCAUUGCCGCAAAUCCGUGGUACAAAGUGGAGCACCAUGGAUGCUCGAAAGGGUGCCGUGAUUCGAGUCUUUGGCAGAUACGCGAUCUUAACUGCACCAACAUCCCAGCCAACGCGAGAAGCUGGCAAGAUUUCUGGCAGAUGUACCCUGACGAGGUGGAGUCCCUUGCAGUGGUUUUAAGCCAGCCAUUGAAAAACCAAGUAAGGGCAAUUGCCCAAAAGAUGAUGAUUGAGGGUUGUAGUGCAUUGCUGAAUGUGUCAGAAGACCCGGUGACGCUUACAAACUUCUGUGCCGGCAACACCAAUCCAGAGCUCUGGUCCGCGGCCCCGCUGCGUCAGCUUUGCCCAUUUACCUGCUGCUCUCAGGCAAGCAGCGCAAGCAGCUCGAGCUGCCCCACCAAGUGUUGCUUUGACAAGAUGGACUGCGACAACGCUGAUUGCAACGACGAUGCUGUAAGGGAGAACUGCAGGCGCACAUGCAGACUGUGCUUGGCUUAG